UCACAAUAGUACCUAGCAAGUUUUGCACAACUUUAUAUAAAUCUGUGAUUUAAAACUAAUAAUUGUUUGAUAAAAAAUGAGUCGACGCAAGCGAACCAAGGUUGAAAGCCGCGAAUUAGAAGAGAAAUUAAAACAAGAUGAUUCUGAAUCUGAUCAAUCUGAGAAAAGUAAAGUUACUCCAAGCCCCAUCUCCGCCGCUGGACGUCGGGAGUCUUCGUCUAGUCGUACCACCGACACAAAAAAGGAAGAUAAACCCAUAAUAAUCGAAGAGACCAAAAGCGAAGAUAUCGAAGAAAUUAAUUAUAAAGAGAUGUUAAACAGCUUGGAAGGAGCAGCAUUUCAAUCCAGACUGCCAUUUGAUAAAAUGUCUUCAUUAGAAGCAGAGUGUUUCACCGACUUACAAGGUCCCUCCAGCCAGGCAUUUGUACAAAUCAGAAACAGAAUAUUGAAAAUUUGGUUUGAGGAUCCUAAAAAACAACUUACACAAGAAGCAGUAGUACAGAAAAUGGAGUCUUUUCAGCCACCAUAUAACGGAGACCCUGCCCUUAUUCUGAGGAUUCACGCUUUUCUUGAAAGACAUGGUUUCAUUAACUAUGGAAUAUAUGAACGAGUUACCCCUAUACCAACUCCAGCAAAAGGAAAACAGAGACCAAAAGUUAUAAUUAUUGGUGCAGGAGUGUCGGGGCUUGCAGCUGCAAGGCAGCUUCAGUCAUUUGGUUGUGAGGUUGUUAUAUUGGAAGGCAGAGACAGGGUUGGCGGUAGAGUUGUUACUUAUAGAAAAGGACCUUACGUGGCUGAUUUAGGUGCUAUGGUAGUAACCGGCUUAGGAGGCAAUCCAGUAACUACAUUGUCUGUUCAGAUGAAUAUAGAAUUACACAAAAUAAAGCAGAAAUGCCCAUUAUAUGAAGCAACUGGGAAUCAAGUGCCUAAACAUAAGGAUGAAAUGGUGGAACGCGAAUUCAACCGUUUGUUGGACGCUACGUCUUAUCUGUCCCACCAAGUGGACUUCAACUAUUAUAACGACACACCCGUCUCUCUCGGGCAAGCCCUAGAGUGGGUGAUCAAAUUGCAGCAAAAGAAUGUCAAACAUAAACAGAUUCAGCACUUGAAAGCAGUCAUAACUUUACAAGAGAAAUUGAAGAAUAAUAUAAACAAGAUGUCAGAUAUAAGAGAGCUGCUGAAUUCAAUGAAAGCUGAAAAGGACGCUUUGCUCGCUGACAGGGAGAAGGGUAAUACAGGGGGUUGUAGCAUCCUGCAAGAGUUUAACUUGCGAAGACUCAACAGAGAAAUGACACAUCUGUGCAACGAGUACGAGUCGCUCGUUACACAGAAUAGCAAUAUGGAGGACAAAAUGGCGCAUAUCGAGACGAAUCCGCCAAGUUCGGUUUACCUAUCGGUCCGAGAUCGACAGAUACUGGACUGGCAUUUUGCAAACUUGGAGUUCGCGAACGCCACUCCACUUGGAAACUUGUCGCUGAAGCACUGGGAUCAAGACGACGACUUCGAAUUCACCGGCAACCAUCUGACAGUUCGCAAUGGCUAUUCAUGCGUACCAGUGGCACUAUCUGACGGCCUCGACAUAAGGCUCGGCACUGCUGUAACGGAUAUAUCUUAUGAAGGACCAGGCGUCACUGUCAAAGCUGUGAACCCACGUGCUCCGGGUCAACCGCAAACUUUUAAAGGAGACGUGAUUCUUUGCACUCUGCCCCUGGGAGUGCUGAAAGUGGCGGUUGCGAACAACGGGACGAAUCAGCAGAACUUCGUUAAGUUCGAUCCGCCGCUGCCUGAUUGGAAAAUCGCAGCCAUUAAACGUCUUGGAUAUGGAAACUUAAAUAAGGUUGUGCUGUGUUUCGAGAGAACCUUUUGGGACCCGAGCGCCAAUCUCUUUGGACAUGUUGGCACGACUACAGCCAGCAGGGGUGAGCUGUUCCUAUUUUGGAACUUGUACAGCGCGCCAGUUCUUCUUGCGCUGGUGGCAGGCGAAGCUGCUGCCGUGAUGGAAAAUGUGACUGACGACGUGAUUGUAGGACGAUGUAUCGCAGUUCUGAAGAGCAUCUUCGGACACGCUGCCGUCCCUCAACCUAAAGAAUGCGUAGUUACGAGAUGGCGCGCUGAUCCCUUCGCCCGCGGUUCAUACAGCUUUGUAGCCGUGGGGUCUUCGGGAACUGACUACGAUCUCUUAGCAGCACCCGUUCCUGACACGUCUGGAGAAAACCGAUUGUUCUUUGCAGGUGAGCACACAAUGCGCAACUAUCCAGCAACGGUCCACGGUGCAUUCCUGUCUGGUCUUCGUGAAGCUGGUCGUCUGGCAGACAUGCUGAUGCCUCUCCCGCCCAUCACGAGUGCCACUGUCGCGAACGUCAUGGCCGCUGUCAACCAUGCAUGACCUGAGGGCAAGCAAAGAAAAGAUUCGAAGAAAACGAGAUGAUAACGUGAUGGAGUCGAGUUAGUAAACUAUACGCAUGGACAUCGGAGUGUGAGUUUAAUAAACUGCCAUUUUCGCCUUAGAGUUUAGCGUGCUAAUCAUCGUGACAUUGCAGUCAAGUGCUAAUAUUAGGAAUAAUAAUUAGUAAAAUAAAAAAGUUAAAAAUCAAUACCUACUAAAUAAGUACAGUGUUGUGAAAGUAACUCUUGAUGAGUUACUUUCACAACACUAAUAAAAAUAAAGGUUUUCCGCACUUUGAAAACAGCUUUUUAGACGCUUUGAGGCGACUUUUAAGACGCUCUUAUUUGUGCGGAUUACCGGACUAAUCCGCACAAAAUAUAGGCUGAUUUUGCAAACGCCAAUGACCGCAUAAAGCGUCGCGGAAGACCAACGAUCGUUGGGUAUCAAACGCACUAAUUUUGGCUUUCGUUAGCUGCUAGUUUUAGCCUUAAACAAACACGUACAAUUGUAAUGUAAAAUUUGUGUUGAAUUCAAAUCAUUUUCAAUUAAUAUUAAUUAUAAGUGUCUUAAAACUCAUGGUGUAAACAAUUAUAUUUUAAGUUAAAAAGAUACUCGUAACUAAGGGGCCCAGAUAGGUAUUUUAAGUUCUUUGCUAGUUGCAAACGGCGUUUUAAUUAAUGUUUGCUUAGUGUUUGUACCUUUGCAUUCUCGUGCACUAGACAGAAGGUAAUGUUGACGAGGGGACUGGGGCGGAUGAUCUUUAAAGGAUCUUUAAAUUUUAAUUAAAACUUGUGCUUUCGCUUACAUUGAAUCAAAUUUGUGUGAAUGUUUAUCGUAUCUUAACGUUAGUCUUGGAUAUAUCCUGACGAUUUGUAUUGAAGCAAUAGCCUAUAAAUAACACUCACUUUACACAUAAUUAUCAUGCGUCGCAGAAUCGAAAUGAUAUUAUAGUAUGUAAUAAUAUGUUGAAAAUAGAGCAAUGUACCACAAGAGUUCUUUUUACUAAGAACUUACUUUUACUUAGAAGAGGUUGUAAAGUAUUUAAUUUUUACAAAAUCAAUUUUGGAACAACUAAUCAAACCUCUGUUGAACCGCGGUUUCUCGCUAUGGUUCAAAGAAACUUAGGCCCGUAUUAGUAAACCGACAUCAGCCCAGAUUACGUUCUCAAGUAUAGGUCAUUCUAUGCUUAAUACCGAACUUGAAGUUACUUAAUACGAGCCAUUAUAUUAUGAUUUGUUGAUUGAUUGAGUUGAUGUAUGAGAGAUUUGUUUGCCCUCUCCCACUUCCUUAACGCGCUUCUAAGUCUGAGAUGAGCUAGGUAUUUUAACUUUGCUCAGUCUUCUAAAUUAAAAUUAGACUAAAUUACGUCAGACAUAAAUCUGUCUUUCAUCUUGAGAGCUAUAUCAAACCAGUCAACUCCUACGCCGCCGCUCUAAGGUAACCGUUCAUCAAUUGGAUAAAUAUUUUAUGCCCUGCUUACUUAAUAAUAGUUUAUUAAAGCUACCUUUUCACUGUCUAACCCGCUUUUGUUAGAUUGUAUUAAAAUUAUUAUCGUAUCCGAAAUUAAAAAUCAUCCGGGUUUCUUUCAAGCUUGGAUAGCAGUAUAUAAAACGUAUAGUAUUAGGACAACUUCAGUAUGUAUUUGUUUAUUUACUUUUGUUAAGAAUUGACCUACAAAUUGAUGUAAUGAAUGUCUCAGGCUCAAAAAACGCGCGUACCGCAAUGGCUUAUAAAUCGUUCUGCGUCCUACGCGACCGUUUGAACUGAGCCUUAUUUUAUUAAUUUUGUGUUUUAACAGUGUGGUUUUAUUUUAAGUUGUGUUUUUGAUUAUUACCUAGCAAGUAAGCAUUUUUGUACCUUAUUGAGAA